AUUGCCAUCGCUCCUAACGUUAUCUGCAAAGCUCUGGUGGCCUCAGAAGGUGCUAUCGUCAUCAACGUGCUGGUGUACUUUCUGCCAGCCUCCCUGAGCAUGCUGCUCUUGCUGGCCAUUGCUAUCCGAGAAAAGACAAGUUUAACCACACCCAGUGUACAGCUACGAUUGGAAAACGAUACAGAACAGUGCAGCGCCCUUCCUCUCUCGGUGCUCUCAUUAGUCACCGUAUUAACAUCGCUUUUGCCACUUCCCGCCUUUCUUAUCACUACAGCAAUGGCAGGAGGGGUGUGUUCUACAGCUCCUUGUCUUGCUUGGCUCCUCCCACUUGGUACAGUUUCUGACUGGCUGCUCUUUGCGAAGUCAGGACUCAUUCCCAUGGCCCUGUUCUUGGCACCAGACUUCCGGUUAGCCGCUGCAGGUGCAUUGCAUCACUUCCGGCGUUUGCCAACUUCCGACACACGUGAUCUGGUUACAAAUAUGGAUGACCCAGAAGACGAUACUCCCUUCUCCAUGUAA